AUGAUAAUUUACCUGCUAUAUUAUAGAUAUUCAGUAGAAUUUGGAGUUGCAACACUCACUUUUACAGAAUCAAUAAUUAUAAAUAUAACAGCUGUAUUCCUUAUUAUUUCAAUUAUAAAGGCAAUAUUUACAUUCAUUCUUUUCUCACUAACUAACUCUAUAAAAAUUUUCAUAAAAUUUUACUUUGUUUAUCAAAAUUAUGAUCAAUUAGUAAAGUUAUUAGAUAAAAACAAUUAA